UUAAUAAACAAAAAAUACCUGACCGACUUUACCACAUCGUCUCUCUGCUCCUAUCGUACUAUAAAGUUUUGCCUUUCAUGGUUCUUGUCCACCAAAACCAAAACCCCAAAACCUCCCUUUUUCUCUGCAAAUAAUGUAACUUGCCCAAUCUCUGUAACUUCCCAACUCCUUCCUCAAACUGGCUUCUUAACUGGUAUGUUUCACCUCUAAAUUGAGCCCACCUGUCGUCUUUUUUCCCGCCUUUUCAACCUCUCAUAACCUGCUAAAUGGAGCGGACCAGACAUAAUAUAAGGGGGCGAUAUUCUGGUUCUUCACCAUCAGAAGAAUCAGCUUUGGAUUUUGAAAGAAACUGUUGCAGUCAUCCUAAUCUGUCUUCAUUAAGUCCACCAACACUUCAACCUUUUGCUUCUGCUGGACAGCACUCUGAGAACAGUGCCCCUUACUUCUCAUGGCCUAGCCGAACUGAUGGAGCUGAAGAGAGGGAAAAAUAUUUUGCUAAUAUACAAAAAGGGGUGUUACCUGAAAAUCUUAAUAGAUUACCAAAAGGACAGCAAGCAAAUACAUUGCUGGAGCUCAUGACCAUACGGGCAUUUCAUAGCAAAAUCCUGCGAUGUUACAGUCUAGGCACUGCAAUAGGAUUUCGUAUUAAACGUGGUGUGUUGACUGACAUACCAGCUAUUCUUGUUUUUGUUUCCAGGAAAGUUCAUAAACAAUGGCUCAGCCCCAUACAAUGUCUACCCACUGCCCUAGAGGGACCUGGAGGUGUGUGGUGCGAUGUGGAUGUGGUAGAAUUUUCAUAUUUUGGUGCACCCGAGCCAACUCCCACAGAACAGUUGUAUACUGAAUUUGUGGAUGAUUUGCGUGGUGGUGAUCCCUGUAUUGGUUCAGGCUCUCAGGUAGCAAAUCAGGAAACAUAUGGAACUCUUGGUGCCAUUGUCAAAAGUCGAACUGGCACUAGACAAGUUGGUUUCCUGACAAAUCGACAUGUUGCAGUUGACUUAGAUUACCCAAGUCAGAAGAUGUUUCAUCCUUUGCCUCCAACACUUGGACCUGGGGUAUAUCUUGGUGCAGUGGUGAGAGCAACUUCAUUCAUCACAGACGACCUUUGGUAUGGCAUUUUCGCAGGAAUGAAUCCAGAGACAUUUGUGAGAGCUGAUGGAGCAUUCAUCCCCUUUGCUGAAGAUUUUGAUAUGUCUACUGUCACUACAUCUGUGAAAGGUGUGGGAGAAAUUGGUGAUGUCAAAAUUAUAGACUUGCAAUGUCCUAUAAGUAGCCUUAUAGGCAAGCAAGUCAUGAAGGUUGGAAGAAGUUCUGGCCUGACAGCCGGAACUGUGUUGGCCUAUGCCCUCGAGUACAAUGAUCAAAAAGGCAUAUGCUUCUUGACUGAUUUCCUUGUUGUGGGUGAAAACGAACAGACUUUUGAUCUUGAAGGAGAUAGUGGAAGCCUUAUUUUAAUGAAGGGUGAUAAUGGCGACAAACCACGGCCAAUAGGGAUCAUCUGGGGUGGGACUGCUAAUCGUGGUCGACUUAAGUUAAAAGUUGGGCAACCUCCAGAAAAUUGGACAAGUGGUGUUGAUCUUAGGCGCCUUCUCAACCUCCUUGAACUUGAUAUCAUCACUACUGAUGAAGGGCUAAAAGUGGCAGUGCAAGAACAAAGAGCUGCCUCAGCAACAACUAUUGGCUCUACUGUUGGGGAUUCUUUGACCCCUGAUGGAAUGGCUCUGAAGGACAAGGCUGAAGACAAAUUUGAGUCACUGGGCCUUCAGAUUCAGCAUAUUCCUUUGGAAGUUGAGCACCACAGCCCAGAAACAAAUCCAACAUUAAUGGAAACCGACUUUCACUUGGAAGAUAGUAUCAAGGCUGGCCCCAGUGUUGAGCAUCAGUUUAUUCCAAGCUUCACAGGACGGUCACCUUUACAUCAAGACUGUCUAUCAGAUAAGGCAGUUUCUGAGAAUCUUGCUUCCUUGAGGUAUGGAAGUGAUGAGGAUAUUUGUUUUUCAUUGCAAUUGGGUGACAAUGAAGCCAAGAGGCGGCGCUCAGAUGCUUCAACCAGUAAGGAAGAAUCAGGGUAAAUUGAAUUCUCAAUAAAACUAUAUGAAUCCAGUUUUGAAUACUCAAUUAGGUACCUAAAUGAUGUAUUGUCAUGUGAUUGGGUAAUUUUGAAUUAAGGAUAAAGUAACACUUAAUCUCAUGAUCACAUAUCAUUUAGAUGUUCAAUUAGGUAUUCAAAACUGGGUGUACAUACUAUUACUCUUGAAUUCUUAGUAUUGGUGUGAACUAGAGAAAGUAACCCAUUCGGGGAACAGGAAGUUUUUUGUUGACAGUUGCUAAACCCAUGAUGGUAUGUGUGCAAUACUCUUUGAACCUCAAAUUUAAGCUCAAAAAAUGGAGCUCUUACAGCAGAAA